UUACGUAGUUUACGUUAAUCGGUCGGAGUGACAAAGAGAACGAGCACAGACCGACGGAGAAGAAAUAAAAAAAGGAAAUUUCUGAAUUACCGUGGGGAUUCUGAUCACCGUUUCCUUUAGGAACUGCACUUUUUGGCUCGUUUCUUGAACUACCCGUGUGUAUAUUGGAUUUCUUAUUACGUCGUCCGUGUGCAUGGAGUUAAGUGGGUCGGAACGGCCGAGGAUAGCAGUCUUGAAAUUGGGCAAUUGGAAAAUUCUCAUUCGUUUCGUUCGUUGGUUAGAGCAAGGAAGCCGCCAUGGCUGGUGCUACUGGAUCGUUGAGUCUCCACCUCAGUAUAUGAAAAAUACUGCAUGGUGAUGAAAAACCACUCCGGUUUAUCCGCGAUUUGAGGGUAUAUUAGGGAAAACGGACUAUGUUCUUUGUGUAAAUCUCUGUCCCAGCCAGAGAAAGAGAGAGAGAGACGAGGAUCGGUGGGGUUCGAGGGAAACUGGGAAAAGGCCAAUUUCAUGAGCACCUUCAUUCAUGAGCGAAUUCAUCCGAGGUUUCAUCACGGAAGAUAAUAGUAACGGUCAAAGAAAAAACGAUCCGGUGGAAAAUGUUCUGAAAGCGAGACGGUUGAGAGCUCACUGAAGAAAAAUCAUAGCGAAGGAACCCCGGACAGUCGAGAGUGGCUUUCGCCCAUUUUUCCUCAUUAUUUAAGUAGGAAAUAAACUGGUUCCAGUGUGUCGAAACGGAUUCGUUCAAAACAAACAAGCGUAUUUUACUCUGAGAGACGCGUGGGAUUUCGGAUUGGAAAAUGUCCGGUCGGCCUAGAACCACCUCCUUCGCCGAGAGCUGCAAGCCCGUGCCGCAGCCCUCGGCUUUCGGCAGCAUGAAAGUCAGCAGAGAUAAAGAUGGCAGUAAAGUGACCACAGUGGUGGCGACUCCUGGACAGGGACCUGACCGGCCGCAGGAGGUCAGCUACACUGACACCAAGGUCAUUGGUAACGGCUCUUUUGGCGUGGUCUAUCAGGCCAAGCUCUGUGACUCAGGAGAACUGGUGGCCAUUAAGAAGGUCCUUCAGGAUAAGCGAUUUAAGAACCGUGAGCUUCAGAUCAUGAGGAAACUGGACCACUGCAACAUUGUGCGUCUGCGUUACUUCUUCUACUCCAGUGGAGAUAAGAAGGAUGAGGUGUAUCUGAAUUUGGUUCUGGACUACGUCCCUGAGACCGUGUACAGAGUGGCGAGACACUACAGCCGCGCUAAGCAGACCCUUCCCAUGGUUUAUGUCAAGUUGUACAUGUACCAGCUCUUCAGGAGUCUGGCCUACAUCCAUUCCUUUGGGAUCUGCCAUCGGGACAUAAAACCCCAGAAUCUUUUGCUGGACCCAGACACAGCCGUGCUUAAACUCUGUGACUUUGGCAGUGCUAAGCAGUUAGUACGUGGAGAGCCCAACGUUUCCUACAUAUGCUCACGGUACUACAGAGCCCCUGAACUCAUCUUUGGAGCAACCGACUACACCUCCAGCAUAGAUGUGUGGUCAGCUGGCUGCGUGCUGGCGGAACUGUUGCUAGGACAACCGAUUUUCCCUGGCGACAGUGGAGUAGAUCAGCUGGUGGAAAUCAUCAAGGUGCUUGGCACUCCCACACGUGAGCAGAUUCGGGAAAUGAACCCAAACUACACCGAGUUCAAAUUCCCCCAGAUUAAGGCCCAUCCAUGGACUAAGUUGAUUAAAGAGGAUGGAAAAUUUCAGUCAGGAUUGUGUCUGACUGUAGUCGUCCUCUUUCUGAGGUCCGUUGUGACCAUUACAGUCGCACUGUUCCGAUUUCUAGUGUUCCGGCCACGCACGCCUCCGGAAGCCAUUGCAUUAUGUUCCCGGCUGCUGGAGUACACACCGACCGCUCGACUGACCCCACUAGAGGCCUGCGCUCAUUCCUUCUUCGAUGAACUGCGGGAUCCAAACGUCAAGCUUCCUAACGGGCGUGAGAAACCGUCCUUAUUCAACUUCACAACUCAAGAGCUGUCCAGUAACCCAUCCCUGGCCUCUAUUCUAAUUCCUGCUCAUGCACGUAACCAGGCAGGAGCUUCUACUCCCACCAACACCUCUACCACUUCAGAUGCCAAUAGUGAUCGCAGUCAGACCACAACUGCAGCCUCUGCCUCCGCCUCCAACACCUCAACCUGAGAGCCCCAGCCAAUCAGAACUGACCCUGCCUCCAGGGCCACGCCCACCCCACUGCUCACCAGCUUAUUGGGCAGGAUUUGAGUCAUGUAACCACCACUCUUAUUCAGACUGCAAGAGCCAACCUUCAUUUACGUCUUUUUUUUUUUUAACGAAGUUCAGAUAGAGUUCGAAAUGAUAUUUGGAAAAGCCAUGUCGGGUGUAAUUCACGAGAGCGACAGAGAAAUCAGUGAGGAUAUGGUUGGGAAGGGGGGGUUAAACCAUAAAACCAUAAAACCUGGUCUGUGACCAGCCGGAACUUUUUUUUUUUUUCAUUCUCAGAGGACAAUCUUGUUAUGUAAGCAAUCCGGUAGCCAGAUCCAUCCACUUCCGUUUCCAUUUGGACUUCCCUUCUCUCACCUGGACUGUCUCUAGCUACACGUUCAGCCCCUUUCUACUUUUCUUGGUCUCUUAUAGCGCAUGGCUACCCAAUAUAUAUAUAUAUAUAUAUAUAUAUAUAUAUAUAUAUAUAUAUGUGUGUGUGUGUGUAUAUAUGUAUGUAUUGGGUGAAAAGGAUCCUAAUUGUAUCCUAAAAAACCCACACAGCACUAUACAAGAGAUAUAAAUGUAAAAACCGCAUGUUCCAACCACAAAGCUAACAGAGAAAUUCUCUGUUACAGAUGAUCCUGGACUUUUAAGUCUCCUGAAUGUUUUAUUUUGUUUUAUAAAAUGGGCGGUCUAAGGGGAAGGGCCAGACAUUUUGAUUGACAAGUGAGACGUGCGUCUCCAUCUCUGUGUUCUUGUAUGAUAAUAUACAUACACAGUUUAUAUAUUACUUUGCAUUAUGUAAAAUAAAUAUAUAUAUAUAGUUAUAUAUAGAUCUAUAUCUAGCAUCAUCGGUCCAGAAUCCAUCACGGAUUGUCAGGGCAGUGGCGAAUUUUACCGCUGGCCAGAAUUAUACAGUAUGUUUAUGACUAAGAACUUGGGACACAUUUUGCUGGAGCUCCUUUCUUGCAAGCGUUUCACUCUUUUGUGCUGUUUUCUGUUCGCCUGGUAGAAUUACUAUCACCUUCUGUCCUGAUUUCCUCCUGUUAUUUAUUGUCGCGUGUGGGUCAGUGGUGUAACGCUCAGAUUAAUUGUUCAUAUUCACUCUGCGAGUUACAGCUAUACAUAAAGAAUAUGUGAAGACAACUCGUCGACGUGGCGCAGACUUCACAGACGACUCUCGUAACGUCAAACUGAAGUGGCUGUGUUGGUUCAACCACUAACGUCUCAACGUGCUUUCAACCUGCUUACAGAAAAAUGUACUUUUUCUUCAUCCAGAAUGUCUUAAUACGCAAAGUAUAGCAGUACAUGAAAAUGGCAGACGUGUAUAUACAGUACAGAAAUGUUGCUCCUCACCAAAUUCUAGCUUUUACACUUUUAUUUGACUUUUAUUUUUGUAUAAUUUGUAAGCAUGUGUGAGUGAAUGUGUACAUGCGUGUGUUCUGCUAUGUACAUAUAAAUGCUGACCUGAGAACUGUUAAUGAGCGGAAACAAAGACGAGGGAUUAAAUGAAAAAAGGAUAAAAAAAAGAGAAGAUUUAAAAGAUCAGGGUAAGAAUGACCUGUUUGUUGGAUACUGUAGACAAGGAGCUUUCUCCAGCCAUAUAGUUCAAUCUUAUCUGUACAGUAGGUGCCAGCUAUAUUAUUGUAACUAUAUCUAGUAAUGUAUAGUGUAUCUAUAGUUUGGAGUGCCUUUGCUUCCAUACACUUCCUCUCCCUUGGCCACACCCCCUUUCUGUCUACACUCAAGGCAGGCCCACCCCUUCCUGUGACCCUCUGCAGGUGCUGUUGAUUGGUCAAGUCAGAAUGACUGACAGCCGACUUCAUUUUCUGUCACAAACCACACUCUGUGGUAUUUCUGUCAUGUUUUUCCUUCUUUUUUUUGCUUUGGAUUCGCUCACUUAUUGGCACAAAGAUGUUUUUGUGUGUGGAGGAAGUCACGUUCCUGUGGAGCCAAUCACAAUGUACGUUCUUACACUCGUUCCUCUACCAAAGCGAACCAACCACGAGCGUGUUGUGACGUAACUGCGACAUCCCAGGGGCAAUAAUAAUUUCUUUGGUGUUUUGGCUCGUUGGCCAGCUGACAGUACGCAGUAGAGAUGUCCCGUAGCACCCGCCGGACCCUCAUCCCCGCACCCUCAAUGUAAAGCUUUGCUUGUAAGAUACGCGUUCAUAGAUGUGUUGCUUUCCACAAAUGGUGUGACCACUUCUCGUGACUAAAGUUAGAGUAAAAAUGUAAAGACACAAGGGUUAAAAACAAUUACCAAAAUACAAAAAAAAAAAAGACAAAAAAAAUGUUUUAAGGACUGCGGGCUACAGACUAUCGCAUUAAAUACACUUAUUGGGGGGAAAAAAAAGUUGUCUUGGUUUAAAAUGAAAAGAAAAAAAGCAACCUGUAUAACAUUAAUAUUACUUGAAUGCCUCUGUUUGUGACUGAAAUUUUUAUUUUAUUUUAAAUAUAUUCUUUUUCUGUGAAGGUAUGCUAAAUGUCUCCUCUCCUUGUAAAUAUGUCCGUUUUGGUCCUUGGUGUGACUUGGAUUCAGAGACUAGUUACCUGGUACUGUAAUUUGCAUUAAAUAAAGAGUAGGAUAGCUUGGAAAUGA